AUGGAGAUAAAUGCAUCUUUGCCUCUCAACUCGACCUCUUCUCCAACUCAAUUCCCUCUCAACACCACCGCUGACAUCAACGCCACAGCGAAACCCUUCAGUGUGUUUGACGGAUGCGAUCACCAGGUAGAGGGCAUUCUCUUCGACCUGACCCUGCAGAUCAUCAACGUAGUCGUGGGAAUCCCUGCCAACAUGCUUGUCAUCGCCAUCCUCAUCUCCCAUCGCAAAGAGCCCUCCACCUCAGACAUAUUCUUGGGCUGCUUGGCGUUCAUGGACAUCUACUUUGGCGUCAUGACCCCCAUAACCUUCAUCAACCUUUAUCACUGGAAGAGCAAGGAGGUGUGGUCCUCUAUUAAGUUCUCCUACGGUGUGAAAGACACCAGCGGCCCGUUGUUCCUCUCCUGUAUCUGCCUGGAUCGCUUUGUGGCCGUGCUAUUUCCAGUUAUGUUUGGGCAGCUUAAACACAUCAAGUACAGGUUAAGUCUCUCAGUGUUGGUUUUCUGCCUCACCUUUGCCUACUCAGCAGCCAAGAUGGUGGGAGGUCUUCCCGACUUUGAGAAAGUGUUCACCGGUGAGAUCCUUGCAGCGUUUGUUUGGAUGAUUGUGUGUAACGCGAGCAUCCUGUGGGCUCUGAAGAAGUCGCGAGGUGCAGGGAAAGAUGAGAUGCACCCCAUGAAGAAGAAAGCCUUCAAGACGGUGCUGUUUAUCCUUUGGAUCAUUGUGUUGAACUACCUGCCGCCUGUCGCGCUAUUUCCUUUUGAAGACAUCUACUCCCCAGAUGUGUUCCGAUGCUACGUGCAGCCGGUGGGCUUUGCCUUCCUCAACAUCAGCAGCACCAUCCAGCCACUUUCCUACCUCGUCCGUCUGGAGAAGGUGCCUUUCUUCUCAGACACCUGCAUCAAGAAGUGGUGUCGUCGUGUCUCUGCAGAGAGAAACGAAAAUCCACCUGCACCGAACCAAACUCAAGCUCAAGCUUAGGAACAUCAAAUGCACAUAUGAAACCUUCUAGAUGUUUAGUUUAUGUCUUUAAAGAGGAGCUAUAAGGGAAGGAACCGUGACUUCAUGUUUUGUUUUCAUGCGACUGAUGUAGUUUGAUUUAAGUCCAGUGUGAAAGAUUACGAGGUUGCAGAUAUCAACCAACCAAAAGGUUUUUAUAUUUCUGCCAAUAGAUCCCCUGAAAUCCUUCAUACUGAACCUUUAACUGCUUUAUCUGCAAAGAUGUGUUGUGAUUGAAUAGACCUGUAUGUAAAGUGAAGAAGAGGCUUUGUGAAAAAAGAUAAUAUGAGAUAAUAUAAGAUAAGAUCUUCCUUUAUUGUUCCACCUUAGUAGAAAUUUACAGGUAACACAGCAGUUCAGAGGGA